UCGCGCUCUGCGCAAACAAAUAAAUCAAGCCUUCCUGUGAAGUUGCAAGCAAGCAAACAAAGCAAUUUGAUUUAUUAUCCUCAGCAUUUUGUAACCAUGGCCGAUGCACAAGUUCCAACAAUGUCCAACAAACUACCCGAGACGGACAACUUAGCUAUUGGGUUUAAGAAAGAAAUUAUUCUCGAUCAGAAGUCCCGUAAUCUGAUCGAGAGUUAUUGUCAAAUGCCCUCCGACCAGGUGGUGCCCCAUCUCUACGCCGUUCGCGAAAAAGCAUGGAAGGUCUUUCCCUGGCCAUGCGUGGGCAUGUGGUCCUUCGUUGUUCCUACAAUCAACACAUUGCCUCAGUAUUCCAGCAUCAUCCUCCGAGUAAAGGAAAAAGGUCAAAGGAUCCUUGACCUCGGUUGUGCUCUUGGGCAAGAUGUCAGGCAAAUGAUCGCCGAUGGAGUACCCGACCACCUUGUGUAUGGACUUGAACUUGAGGCAGGCUUUAUCGACUUAGGUUAUGACCUGUUUCUUGACCGGGAUACACUCAAAUCAGAAUUCAUCUCGGCAGACGUGCUCGAAAAGUCAGGACCCAACCCGAAACUCGCAGCAUGGGACGGCACGAUCGACAUAAUCUACAGUGGCCGUUUCUUGCAUUGUUUCGGCCGAGAAGACGGACUUGUGGUCGCAAUGCGUAUGACGAAGCUUCUGAGCAACCGCGCCGGAUCUGUCAUUGUUGGUGAAUGCUUGGGAGGUAAAAUUGACCGAGAGGUAGUUGCUCCAGUCGGCAAGCUCCACCUAUACAGCGUCGAGUCAUUCAAGGAAUUGUGGGCCCAGGCUGCAGAAGGGAUGGGAGUGGAGUUCAAGGUUGAUGUUCAAGCCCACCCAGGCAGUCAAGCGCAUAUGGCACAUUUCGGCGAGGAUGUGGUCAGCUUAGUAUUCUGGGUGGAGAGAUUGUGA